ACGCCGAGCUUGGCCAGCACGCACGCCUCGCCUCGCAGGAGCCCGCAUAAAAGGCGCGGGCUGGAAGCGGCCGUAGCCUUCGGCUGGACGAGGAUGGAGUGACCGGCGCGGUCCUGGCCACGCAGACCCAUUUCGACGCUCCUCGCCUGCUCUCGCAGCGGAGCCGAACCUCGUACGGCCGCUCCAGGAAAGGGCGCGCGGCGCGGGAAGCCGCUAUGGACAGCGGCGGCCCCGCAGGCAGCCACCUGAUCGCCAGCAACGAGCCCGCGCCACCGGUAGCCGCCACCCGAGACUCGAGCCAGGGACGGACCGGACCGGGGCCGGCGGGCCCAGGCGGCGGCGCGCGGUCGGGGGGCGGGAGGCCGGCGGCAGCUAACGCGGCGCGGGAGCGCAGCCGCGUGCAGACUCUGCGGCACGCCUUCCUGGAGCUGCAGCGCACGCUGCCGUCGGUGCCGCCGGACACCAAGCUGUCCAAGCUGGAUGUGCUGCUAUUGGCCACCACCUACAUCGCGCACCUCACUCGCAGCCUGCAGGACGACGCCGACGCACCAGCGGACCCCGGACUGGGCGCCCUGCGCGGGGAUGGUUACCUACACCCUGUCAAGAAAUGGCCCAUGCGAUCAAGAUUGUACAUUGGUGCUACUGGUCAGUUUCUGAAGCAUUCUGUCUCUGGAGAAAAAAUAAAUCAUGACAAUAUUCCAACAGACUCACAGCCUUAGGCUCUCCCCUGAGGGGGGCUGGUAGAAAGUGAUGUGGUUGUUUUUAAAUGAUAUGAAAUAACUCUAUAUUUAUUACAUCAGACCUAACAAACAUCAUUUCUGAAAGUUUACAUGUGAAUCCAUAGUUGGAUGUUCAGAUUUAUCUAAUCUAAAUAAAUGUGGAAUGAAUAAUCAGUCUGAUAAAUAAUGUAAUAAUAAUAAUGUAAAACACACAGCUUAUCUCUUCAGUGUGAGAGAGUCACUACUAUAUAGUGCAGGAGAAACUAAUGGAAAAAAAGAGAGAGACAUAGGAAAGCAAAGAAUUGUGUAUAUAUCCAAAGAAUACACACAUUUUCUGUAGUAUAUCUGUUACAAACUGAAAAGCUAAUAUCUAUGUAUACAAUCUUCCUGGUUUAAAAAAAAUAAAAGCUGGGUUUGUAAAACACCAGUAUUUCAUUUUUGUAAAAACCAGCCUGUGCUUAAUAUUGGUCUAAGAAGCCGUUCCACUUGGAAGGUCUGAGAUCAUUUAUUCAGUUUUAGCUGAAUAUGUGUGAAAAGACUGUUGAGGUAAUAUGCCAAUGCGGCAACUUCUAUAACUACUUUCCCCCCUUAGAAAACUUGUUUGGAGUAUUAGAAAUGGUUUGCUUCCUAGAACAGGGCUUGGCCACCUUCCUAGAGUAUUAUUAAAUAUCUCAUCAUGUUUCCAAAUUGUGGAAGGCACUGGGAAAUCCCUGCAGCCCUGUGUGAACAGCAGAGAGGUGUCACUGGGCAGCAGGGCUUGUCACCCUCCCCCCUGGUCACUCCAUAUCCACCCCACUCUCUUUCAGGUCCUGGACUAGGUGAACACGUGCAGCUGUAGCCCUGUAGAGAGGGUGGCACAUUCAGGCCUGUCGGGGGCCUCCAGCGAACCCCCGUGACCUUCCCAGUCACAGCUUUGGCCAGGUCUCUUCUCCCCUUGUCAGUUGCUGUUCACAGUCUACCUACUUGGUCCUUAUGAAAUGGGAGAAAUCCUGUCUGAUUUGGGAAUUCUGGCGCUGAUCUGUACCUUGAGGGGGUCUGAGGACACAGAGUGACCAUCCUGUGAUACAGGAUGCCCUGAUUUGGACCUACAAGCAAGGAAAGCCCUCUGCUGUGGGCCUCUCCAGUGCCCUGCACAUGAAGUACCCAGGGAGCAGCUGUUCUGCUGACUGAACCAGUGCUUUCAGUUUUGCCAGGAGCUUGGGGGGUCCUCGCUACGAAGUGGAAACAUUUGUCAGGGAACACAUUGAGUCUCAGAACAACAGGGUGCAACGGAGACACCUGGAAAAAAAAAUCAUCAGUCUCUUUUGUCAUGUCUUUGCCGAUUUAGAUUCCCUUUUAUCUCCCUUUCUUGUUUUCCUCCUCACUCUUCACUAGUCCAGUGUCCAGGUGUAAAGUUCAUUCAUUUCUCGAUCACCCACAGUUUUAAAGUUACCGGGUUUCAUUCAAGAUUAUUAAAUAGAAAUGUGUAUGAAUGGACUUGGUUGAAUUAAGAUAGCAGCUGAACCACCAUUUCAUUUUCUCCUCCAUUUAACUCCAGCUUUGGGCAGUGAAAUGAAGUAAAAGACUAUUUGAAGGCAAAAACUAUCAUUCAGUUUAUUCGAGGAUGAUCAUGUUUUGACUCAUGUCUUAUAGCUAGUUUGUAAUUUUUAUUAUUUUAAUGUGAAUAUACUCCUUGUAAUGUGACCAAAGCAUGUCUUUAAAAGAAAAGCCAUACAAUGAAAGCUGUCUACAUAUUAAUAUGUAGCAAAAGUGUGUAUUUAAAUAUAUGUGAGUAUAUUUACCCACUCAUAUACCAUUGAAAGGAAUAAAAAGUAAAAUGAGAUGGAUUCAGCCAUUCACUAUCAUAAAUUAUUGGAAUAAAAAGUGCUAAGAAUAAUCUUUUAUCUUAAGGUAUGAAAUCAGAACUUCUUUAAAGUUACCUGGAACUGAACUGU